CAUUCAGUUGGGUAAGGACAAAUAGCAGUAUCCAUUCCCAUAAAAUCAUAGUAAUAAUCUUUUCACUCUCUUCUCCAUACUUGUUGGUGCUUGCUAUCUAAAAGCUUCUUCUCCUACAUCCUACAUCUCUGUGUUUCCUUUAGUCAGUCUUUCAGUGCAGGCAUUCUGCAAACAUGGAAAAUAAGCAUCUCUGUGCUGCUCUUGUUUUAUGGGCCAUUGCAUGCUUUGUACUUCCUGCUUCCUCUGAUGAUUUUCUUAGAAUUGGUUUGAAGAAGCACCGCUUGGACGUUAAUAGCAUAAAUGCUGCAAGAGCAGCCAGACUCCAAGACAGGUAUGGGAAGCAUCUGAAUGGCAUAGAAAAAAAAUCGGGUGACUCAGAUUUAGAUAUAGUCUCCUUAAAGAACUACUUGGAUGCCCAAUAUUAUGGAGAGAUUGGUGUUGGUUCACCUCCUCAGAAAUUCAAAGUUAUCUUUGAUACUGGAAGUUCUAACCUCUGGGUUCCAUCAUCAAGAUGCUACUUCUCUGUUGCAUGCUGGUUCCACUCCAAGUACAAGGCGAGCAAGUCCAGUACAUAUUCAAGAAAUGGGGAAUCUUGCUCAAUCCGUUAUGGAACUGGUUCAAUCUCUGGCUAUUUCAGUCAAGAUAAUGUUCAAGUUGGUGAUCUUGUAGUCAAAGAUCAGGUGUUUAUUGAAGCAACACGAGAACCAAGUAUUACAUUUAUAAUUGCGAAGUUUGAUGGUAUACUAGGACUUGGUUUCCAGGAAAUUUGUGUUGGAAAUGCUACACCCGUCUGGUACAACAUGGUGGGGCAAGGUCUUGUUAAAGAGCCCGUCUUCUCUUUCUGGUUUAACCGUGAUGCAAAUGCAAAAGAGGGAGGUGAACUUGUUUUUGGUGGAGUUGAUACAAAGCACUUCAAGGGUAAUCAUACUUAUGUUCCUGUGACUCAGAAGGGCUACUGGCAGUUUAAUAUGGGAGAUUUCUUAAUCGGCAACGCAUCAACAGGUUAUUGUGCAGAUGGUUGUGCUGCUAUUGUGGAUUCUGGAACAUCACUUCUUGCUGGUCCAACAACUAUAGUAACACAACUCAACCAUGCCAUUGGAGCAGAAGGAAUAGUUAGCAUGGAAUGCAAAACUAUCAUUUCACAGUAUGGCGAGAUGAUCUGGGACUUACUAGUAUCAGGGGUGAGACCUGAUCAAGUUUGUUCACAAGCAGGUUUAUGUUAUCUUGAUGGAGCUCAGCAUGUGAGCUCUAAUAUCAGAACUGUAGUUGAAAGGGAAACUGAAGGAAGUUCUGUUGGUGAAGCACCAUUGUGCACUGCCUGUGAAAUGGCAGUUGUUUGGAUGCAGAACCAGCUCAAACAGAAGGAGACAAAAGAGAGAGUCCUAGAGUAUGUGGAUCAGCUUUGUUCAAAAUUACCAAGUCCAAUGGGAGAAUCCGUAAUCGACUGCAACAGCAUCUCAUCCAUGCCAAAUAUUACAUUCACCAUCAAAGAUAAAGCUUUUGUGCUCACUCCAGAACAGUAUAUUCUUAAAACCGGAGAAGGGGCUGCUAAAAUUUGUAUCAGUGGAUUUGCUGCUCUGGAUGUGCCACCACCUCGCGGUCCUCUUUGGAUUCUUGGAGAUGUAUUCAUGGGGCCGUAUCACACAGUCUUUGACUUUGGUAAAUCCCGUGUGGGUUUUGCUGAAGCCGUGUAAUAGCCUUUCUUUGUAGUUCACGCCACUAGUUACUUCGUAGAAUGAUGGAAGUAUUGUAAAGAGAUAAUGAUACUGCUAUGUUAUUUAUUGUGUUGUAUCUGACCAUAAUAUGGCAUACUAGUUUUCUCUGUGUAUUGACUUUCAAAUGCUAGUAGAGUCGAUGAGAUGCAAGAUACAUAAUUAUUCCCUUGUUUCAA